AGAGGAACGAGGAGAGGGUGAUCUGCACCUUGGAGAGGAGCGAGAGAGAAUCGGAGAGGGGGAGAGCCAGCGACAAAGAGGAAGCGAAAAGAGAGUUCGAGGGAGAGGCGCCACAAGAAGGGGCGACUAGAGACGCAGGGAGAGAGAAGGAGACAAGCGACGAGCAUAGGAGCGAGGGAUAGGCGGCAUCGGGAGCAAGGUGCUUCCAGGAAGGACUCGCCGCGGAGAGGAGAGGGAAUAGGAAACCGAGGAGCCGCCGACAGGGUGCUCGGCGAGGACCUCACUGUCGUUGACGGGGACCCGGGAGAGAUGAGGGGUCGGAGGUCCACCAUUCGCCGCCCGGUCGGGCUGAGCGAAGAGGAUUUCGAGUCGAGCUCGAAGACCUAAACUGUGCUCUACCGCCUCGUCCCGAUAACCCGGUAAAAAAUUCCAGGGUUUCGGUCGAAGGAGGAAAUUCCUAAGGAAAUCAUCUCGGUGGAAAUCUCUUGCCGGGAGGAAGAUAAGUCGUGGCGAUAACCGGCAGCACUGGGAGCCGAAAACCCGAGGGACUCUCUCUCUCACUCGAGGAAAUACCGGUCGCCUCGUGAAGGAAUUCUCGAGACGGACGCCCCGGGGGAGUUUCCUACCCCCUCUGGCGCGAGCGUCGCCGAGUGCUUAUCGCGUCUCGCGAUACACCGCGCUCUCCGAGUCGUCGGGCGCCGGGAAGUACCCCGGCGAGACCCCGACCGAGUGUUUACCUUCGGUGCGGCGAAGGAGUCGGACCUUCCCCCCAGGACGGGGAACGUCCGGAGUGGUCGAGCCGAAGGGCCAAUCGCGUGUGACGUCCGUCAUCCUCGCGCGCUACGCAACGCGGCCGUCGGGGGGUGGUUCAGUGUCCGCGUGGCAGUGAGAGAGGGAGGUCGUCGAAGGGACGCGACGCAGGGCCCGGUCGAGGGUGCUUCCGGUACUUCCGGUGCUUCCGGUGCUCCUAGAGCGCCACUCCGCGGGACCGGCGGUCCCUCUUCCUUACGACGGAUCUACCCCGACGGUUUCGCGCCACGCCCACCCUCGAUGAGAGGAGGCACAUGUCCAUUGCUGCAGCUGAAAAUGCAGGGCCUGGCCCGUGUGAAUUGCAAGACCCGUUGUGGGUCAAAAUGAGUGCAAUCACCGGCAACAUCACCAAGAAGAGAAAGAAAUCAGAUGCCAAGCCUCAGUCGCAAAUUAACAAGUGCCUUAACGAGAAAAGACGACGGACCCAGGAGAACCUGUAUAUCGAUGAGCUUGCCGAGCUGAUUUCCGCCACGGACAUGAGCUCUGGCAAGACCGACAAAUGUCAAAUUCUACAGAGAACCGUCGACCAGAUUCGGCACAUCAGGCAACAAGAAGGCUCGAAUAGUCAUGCCGUGCAGCAGGGAGAAGUCUCCUCGUCGAAUCCCAACAUACUGUCCAACGAUCAAGUUGGUCCUAUCUUGCUCGAGGCUCUAGAUGGUUUUUUGUUCGUCGUGAACACAGAAGGGCGCGUUGAGUACGUGACGGAUAAUAUAACCCAAUAUAUAAAUUAUUCCAAGGACGAUGUGCUUGGAAAAGAUAUUUAUAAUAUUAUUCAUCAUGGAGACCACAACACCUUCAUGCCUAGCUUGCUGCCAAUGUCAAUAGGCUGGACGAGCGAGCCGCAGGCUCAGACGAGAAAUCGCACCUUCAACUGUCGCUUCCUGGUGAAGCCUCCUGAUGACAAGGAAGAGACUAUGGAAGAGAAACAGCAGCGUGUAUCGAAAUACGAGACCAUGCAAAUAUGUUCCGCGCUCCUUCCGAAUAGCAGCGAUCGCCUGGAAGGCGGGGACGUCUCCUCCGAGUCGACGGACGUGGGUCCGUGCGUGAUGUGCGUAGCGCGAAGGAUUCCAUUGAACGAGAAGCCGAUUGGCACGCCCAUCGAGCAGUUCACUGUCAAGCUGGACCCGACCGGCAAGAUCGUAGCCGUCGACACUAGUUGGCUGUCGAUUUCUUACUCCAAGUACCUAAACAAGGACCUGAUUGGUACCGCAAUACAGGACUUGUGCCACCCGCAUGAUCUCAGCAAACUAACUGCUCAUUUGAAGGAUACGUUACAAGUCGGCGAAGACACCAGCCCGAUGUACCGAUUGCGCGUUAGUCCUGAUAAGUUCCUUAACGUUCAAACCAAGUCAAAACUCUUCAAAGCGAAUGUGAUGAACGGGCAUGAGACGGACUUCAUGAUGGCUACGAACUCUAUCGUGGGGGACAAUGACUUAACGCCUCUCGAGGGUGGUCAGCUUUCCAACAGCAAAGUGUGCUCGGGACACUCUAGUAACCGUUGUGCGAAUAAUAGUAAUAACAACAACAACAAUAACCAUACGGGUGGUAACAACAACAACAACCUGACGAACAACAACAAUAAUAACAACCACAACAAUAAUAAUAACGUGGGCGGGCCGCUGAUGUCGGUGGGGCACCUGAACGGGCAAGUGAGUGGUAUCAGUGCUCGGGGGCUGGCGGGGACCGGCUCGGGGAACGCCCUGGGUUUCGGGGCUGCGAACGACUCCUGUAACCCCCUGACCUCGCUGGCCUCCUCGGGUAAUCCGUUCAACCACUUCUCCGGGAGCAUGGACUUGGAGUUCGAGCUUUUCCCGAGCUCCACCUGGGACCUGGACAACGGCUCCGGCUGGGUCGACCGGCCGGACUCGAGGGCCAGCCAAGCCCCGAGCUCGAGGCCCUCCUCGCAACCGACCCCGGCCUCGCCCUCGCCCUCGACCUCGGGGGCGCCUUUCUCCUCGGCCCAGCCGACGACCGCUGCCCACUGCAGCCCCCUGCGGCCGACCUCGGCCUCGACCUCGACCUCCGCCGCGGCCUCGACCUCGGCCACGGCCUCUUUCAGCCCGACUUCGGUCGCCGGCGCCCAGCACGCCUUCAGUAAUUCGUUCCCCUUCAGUCCGCUUCAGGAAUCCCAGUCGGGCCUGGCCGCCGCCCCGACGUCGGCCAACGUCAGCGUCAACGUCAGCGUCAACCUCACCGAGAAGGGGAACGCCCGCCUCGAGGAUGCCGCCGCCGCCAAGGGCUGCGCCGCCUCCUCCUCCUCGUCCUCCUCGUCGUCGUCGGUGGGCUCUGCGGGCUCCUCCACCCUGGACCCUGCUUCCGGGGGUGUCUCCCAGCAGAACCAGUCGGCCGGGGGGCAGCCCUCCUCCGGGCCCGAGGGCAAUCAGCUCGGCUCGGGCGUCGCCGCGGAGUCCGGCAGGCUCAGGAACCUCUUGACCAAGGGCUCCAGUAUCUCCGAUGACCCCCAGGAUCAUCCCAGCAACGACCCCGAGAACCAAAAGCAUCGAAUACUCAAGAUCCUCCUCAACCAGCAGGACGACGAUGACUAUCAUACCGAUCAUGGCGCCAAGGUGCGCAGUAGUCCUGGCGGUGCCCCCAAGAGCCAAGAACAUCCCAAGUCCUCGCUCGGGAACAACAUGCUCUUGCAGCUACUAAACGAGAAGAACGAUGACGAGGACGAAGAAACGCGCGUCGGCUUGAAGAGGAGAAACGAGCUUCUUCAACAGCUGUUGAAGGACCACGACGACGAUAGGAAGCUCCUAGAUCAGCAUAAUCGCGACGACGACCCUCUUCUAAGGAGCCUUGGGUUUCGAAAUACGACGCCGUCUCCGUCUCAGUCUGCCGACCACGUCGGAAUAUCAUCCGGCCCUACCCAGGUUGGCCAGAAAAGGCCGGGCGAGGAUGGUGACAUGAACGUCGCCGUUAAACGACCCAUGGACGGAUCUCAUCAAGUCUCUUCGUCGGGGGCUAAUGCCUCGAACAAUGCGACGAGCAAGCUCUGGGAGAAGAACAAGAUGUUAGCGUCUCUCCUGGCGAAGCAGCCAUCGCAACCGGCGACUAUCCCACCAAUUCCUGCAUCUGUGAUAUCAGCAACCCCACAGGAUAAGUUGCCUCGCGUAAGCGAUCGUUUAAAGCAACAACAGCAACAGCAACAGCAGCAGCAGCAUCAGCAACAACAACAGGAGCAGCAGCAGCAGCAGCAGCAGCAGCAGCAACAGCAACAGCAGCCAUGGUCCUCUGCCAGUAUGCAGAUGGGCAGCAACACAACGACGACGACGGCGACGUCAGCCCGUACUCCUCUCCAAAACCAAUCCAGACAACUACCUCGCCAAGCAACCAAUAUCUACCUCAGUCACAUACUAAGUCAACAGCAAAGGUCUCAACUGGGACAAAUGGAUACAGAGUUCGGGGGAAGCGGAGAAUAUCGCCAACCAGGCACUGAUCCAGGAAGCUGGGACAACCAGUCGUCGGAUCCGGAUCUUUCAGAUAUCUUGGAUCAGGUCAUCGAAAUAGUACCAGAUGAAGCUAUCACGGAUUCGUCUGCGAUAGUGAAUCUGCUAGACGUAAUUGAAGCGCCGCAAAACAACGUCUUAAAUGAAAAGAUGGCUAUUAAUGCGAUUCAAAAGUCGUUGAUGCUUUGCGAGACUGUCGUUAAUCCUACGUCUUCCACCAUAACCAUACCCGGCACACCUCCGGCAUACUCCACAGCGUUAGGGACGACGCCGGUGACGACGAGUCAUAAUUACCAACCACCACCGAUGUAUCAGCAACAACCGAGGGUUAGAUUUAAUGCUCAGCCUGGGAUCAGGCAAGCUGUUGCACAAUUUACGCAGCAGCAACAGUUACAGUUGCAGCAACGUAGUAAAAUGAUACAACAGCAGCAAAUGAAACAGAGAUUACUGCAACAGCAGCAACAGCAGCAGUUGCUAAUACCUUCCAACGCAACAGCGACGGACCAAAUUACUACCGGCAUACAUAAUAUUGACAGCCUCUUGAACAACACCGUUGCACCCAACGUCUCGUUACAGCGAUCGAGCGUUCCGGAUUCUCAAGUGUCCCCUGGUUAUGGGGCAUCCGUCCAAUUGCCUUCGGGACAUCGCCUCGGUCACUCGUAUUCUCAUCCUUCAACGUUACCUCAGCACUCUGUCGUUAAUAAUAACUUUAACAGCGGUCAACAAGUAUCCGCUACCUCGAGGCUUUCGCCGCAUUCUCCAGCGGGGAUUAUGUCAUUCUCGCAUCCGCAUCCGCAACCUCUGUCACCUCGUGUCUCCCAGGGUAAUUACAGUAGUAGUCCGAGGAUGUUCAAUGUCAGUCAGCAAGCUAGGCCGCCUCAGCAGCAGGCGGCUCAGCAGCAAGCGGCUCAGCAACAGCGAUCAAUGCCGUCCCCAGGAACUCCGGCAUCGGCACGACAGUCUCCGUUUCCAGCCGAAGCUUUUCCUCCACCCGCCUUGCCCACUGCCAGUCAAUUUCCACCAGUCCCGAACCCCACGGCCGCAAAUCCGACCGGUCAGUAUCGGCUGCAACGAACCAAUUCGACUCCGUCAGCCACCACGCAGCUGCCAGGUGGGGUUGGUUCGCCCCGGCACUACGGUGGAGUCAAUAAGGAACAACCUCUCCUAUCACCUAGUCAUCCUCACUCUGGUUGCGCGGUGCCGUCGAGUCAUAAUCAACACAACGCAACCAACACCCAACACUUCUCCAACCAACAACACUCUUCUAUGAUAUAUCAUACAACUGCCAACUCUAUCAGCUCAGCAGACGUAUCGAACAAUCAGUACUGUUACGAUCGGACGUCUGUUCCGCUGUAUCCUUCGGGGCCUGGGGAAGCGCAGAAUGCCAGGUCUCUGCCUCCCAAUAAUCCCGCUGCUCACCAAAUCGGUGGAAACACGAGUAGCAGUGGCAACAUGACGUCGGAGUUUGUGCGACAAGAACUGAGGGCCAUUGUUGGUGCGAGAACGCAGCAACAACAACAGAGGGUUCCGAACAAUAUCCCGAAUAACCUUUCCGGACAAGUUUCUCAGGACGAUCUGGAGGCUCUUGGUUUGACGUUUGAAAUUCCACCUUCAGGUGAGGCUGUGGUUAGCGAUGGCCCCGCAAAGAGCUGGGCCAUUGGGAGUGCCGGAAGCGCCCCCUCUUCCUCCAGGACUACUAUGGAGGAAGUGGCGCGAGGUGAUCCGAAGUCGUCGUUGCUGCAGAAGUUGCUGUCGGAGUGACUGCGGGCUGUGUGUCCCUCGUCGAGUGAAGUGCACGUAAUGUCAGUCUGAAGCACCGUCGGUGAAGCAUAUAUUUCGGGAAGUGAAUCCCGCGUGGGCAGGGAAAUGAAAAACGGGAGAGAAAACGCUCUUAUACGUAAACGGAUAAAAAACUACUGUAUUAUAUGUAAUACCACACGUGCGGCAGUUUGCAGAGAUACGUACGCCAAAUGCGGUACCAGCGGCUAAGCCUUGGUUCUCCAACCUUGCGAAUUAAUCCCAGGCUUCGCCGAUGUGGAAACGGAGCUUGUAGAAAAGACCUGUAAAUUCCCGAGCGAGUAAGCCGCCCAGAUUUGCAUAUUUCUUGGGUCUUUAGGUCGCCGCCACGUCUCGGUUGUGAUCGUUGCAAUUGCGUCGCACGGAGGGAAGGUAAACGUUAUCGGUAUCAGGACUAUUGCGGUAACGGUAACAGCAGUCACGCGUUGGGGCAGAAACAGUAGUUUUGCGAGGCUAUGGUUAUUAUACAAGAAAUGUUAAGUGUAUUUUCGAAUUAGACGUAGAGUGUUAUGUAUAGAAUGGUUGUGGUUACGACGCUACGAUUGUACGGUCGCCCAGGACACGGCACGACGUCCCCUGGUCGUACUUUUACACCGAUACUUUUACCCCAGGACUUCGCAUUUGCGGGUGUAGCUGUCGAAGGUGUGAAAUUAAUUAGAACCUAUCUAAUAAAAUUUCGUAGUUAUAACGUUUCAACCGCGAUAUAUGGGUCGGCAAGAAAUUCUAAUUGCGUUUACGGUUGUCGCCAUGAUUAUUACAGUUUUGUAUACGAGGACGGGGAAGUAGGGCAGUAUUUUUCGACGGAAAGUUACCGCUUAAUAAGUUCUAAGAGACUUGGCGUGAUUCUCGCUGACCAUCUUCGAUGAUUGCUGUUACGAUUGAAUUAAGAGUUUGCUCCAAUGGUUACCGCAAUCUUGCUCUCCGUGCAGAUAUCAAUAUUUCGGUGCUACGUCGCUCUCGGAAUGAGUUCGGAAUCAAACAGAAGUAGGCAUCCUCGAAUUACGAUGUUUGCGAUGCGUUCUGUAAAUUCUACGCACGAGUACUUUCGGUGCAAUUUUCGUGCAAACGCCUGAGAGCGAUUUCGAAAUUAGUGAGACUUGAAUUUUUCUCGCGUUUCGGAAGUAGAUUACUCGUUUAGACGAUUUUCGGUUUGUGCAAUGACGGGGGAAAAACCGUAGACGCGGGAGCGGUUCGACUUUGUUGGCAUUGGUAAUCUUUGUUUCGGCUUUUCCACGAGAUUUGGGAAUCAGGGAAGAUGCUAAAACUGCUCGUCGGGGACUUUCGAGUCCGAAACGAGGAAAGUUGGUACUGCGCUUGGCUUCACUGAAAGAAAGGAACUACGUAGGUACCUCAAAGGUAUACUUUAUUAUACCACUGGCUGUUGAACAUAGAACUAUUUAUAGUUUUAAUUAUUGUACACAGGUGAAGAAAAUAGAGCACUAUCACGUUUUUUUCUCUCUUAAUUUAACAUCUUUUUGACUAUUAUAUUAUAAAUAAUAUAUUUGUGAUUGUAAGAAUCUGCAACCAAAAUGUGACAAAGAAUACUUGUUGUUGUUAAUAUGAUUAUAACUAUUAUUAUAAUAACUAUUAUUAUAUUAUUAUUGA